CAGGCAGAGGUCAGCGGAAGGUAUUUUUCACGUUCCUUUGCAAAGUGGUUCCUGAGUGGAUUCGAACUAAAACGACCCAGAAAUCAAGGUUGAAAGAAACCGAAAAAGAGAUACCAAAAAGCUGAACUCGCGAACCCUGAAAGCUGCUGGAGGAUAAACUUCAACAUCCGUUCGAGUUUACUGGCAAUCGCUUAGGAAUAUUGAGGAAAAUUCGUUGAGCAAUUAGCGAUUUCUCUGAAGAAAGUAAUUCAUUUUGUAAAUGACACACAUGUACGUUGCAGGGAAUAUUUGGCGAAACAUGGGUUCCAGAGCUGCUUGAAAACUCGCAGAUUACGAUUGUUCGACAUUAUCUGAAAGGAAACCAAGCUUCAGCAAAACUGAUUUUGAUGUUGUUAAGGAAUUCUACUUCGAAUUGUCGUCAGUGAGCCGACUUCUAUUCAAAUUGAACAACAGCAGCGUUGAUCUCCCUUUCUUCGUCUCCAAAAGACCAUUACUGGAUUCAAUCAAAGAACUAGGCAAGGUUGACGUAGGCGGAUGCUUCGAGGCCGACAUCAUUUCGGUUUGUUUACUAGAGAAUACGAGACUAAGGAACUUAAUAUUUUCUUGUCGAGGCUUCGAAAGUGAAAAUAUUCAAAGAAAACUUCUUGGUUCUCUCAAGCGAGAAAUUUCGUAAAGGAGAAUAUGAAAUUUGCCUAAUAAUGCUGUAAUAACCGAGGUAUUUGAGUUUAUGAUGGCAAGUUCUUUUAGCAAAAUUAUGGGUUUCACUAAAGAAUUCCAAUCGCCUCAAGGACAUUUUACUCUCCCUAGAGGAAAGAAGCCAAAAAUUCUGAAGAUUCUGCGUAGGGCUUCAUUCAGUAAUAAGAAAAAAAACUCAACCCAAAGCCCGAGUUUUGAUUAUGAAAACCAACAAGACACUCUACGACGUCCAAAUUCCCGAAAAUCACAGCAAGCUCGCGAUCUUGAAGAGCUUGAACGUCUUCAAAAGGAACUCAACAGCGCAGCUCUAUAUUUUUGUCUCGUACUCGAACGCAAAAACAUGGAUAUUAUCAUGGCAAAAAUUCCGGAUAAUGCGGCGAUUGUUCUUGAUUCGGUUAUCAGCAUCGAUGAUCUGUUAACUACUUGUAUAAAGCUACAAAAAGUCAAUAAAGACCUCGUUCCCUAUCGGAAAGCCGUUCACAAGUGUAUGGCUGAUUUAGCUCGAUGGACUGACCAAUUACUUGUCCGGGGCAAUGUAAAAGGCGACUUGAGAGAAGGUAUCGAGUACAUGAAUGCUUUAGAAAAAAGUGUUAUGGAAGUGGUCGAGAUAACUAUUCCAAGACUUCGAAAAAGUGAAGUUCAAGAAGAAAUCAGGAAUUCUAUAUUCUUGUUUGAAGGGAGUACUGAAAGUAUCUUAGUUGGAGGAGAAAAUGGUGAUGAAAUGCAGGUAUGGAACAAGAGAGAUUCCGGGAUCAGUGAAGGUAGUGGAACCUGUGAUAUGAGGGAUCCACCACGCUCUCCUGUUCCUCGUGCUGUAAGAGACUCAGGCAGAGGAUCUUAUAACUGUAUUAUAGACACAAAUAAUGGUCACAUGGCACAAGAUGGGUCAUUUCACUCGUCAGACAAGUUUCUGUCUCCUAGGAGAGCACAACGCAACACACUAUCUAGUAGAACUUCAAAAGACUCUGAACUUUCCAGUUUUAGUGGUGAUAGUACUGUAUUUAAGUCUCCAAUGGUAUCACCAUCUGGCUCGCAGGAAUUUGGUAGGACUCCCUUUCACUCUGCCAGAAGUUCCCUUGAAGGUUCUUUUUACUCAGUGGAUGAACUUGACAACCACAAUGACCAUGAAGUUAUUCCGGCAACCUUAAUUGGUGUUGAGGACAACAGUCAUGAACCACCACCACUACAAAAAAAGAAAAAGUCCUUCCAAGUUUAUAUUGAGCUACUAGGAAGCUACAAUAAGCCUUCGGAAGACAUACUUCGACGACCAACAUCAGCUUUUGAUGGAUACGAGGAAACAUUUAGAAAGAGUAUAUCACACAGUGCAAGCUCUACAGCAAUACAUUCCCUUAGUCACAGAGGGAAUCAUCAUGCAUCAGGACAGUAUAAUCAGAAUGGAACAGAAGACAACCGUGCAUUUUCUACUCCGCAUUUACCGUCGCCAUCCCCAACACGAGAGACCCAGAUUGACUGGAACCAAAACAGUAGAUCUCAAGAAAUUCCAAAGAAAAAGUUGUUAUCUUUGGUAGAAGAAGGAGCGAGUCGGAAAGCCAGUAAUACAAGUGCAAGCUCUAGUAGCAUCAGUAGCACAGAUGAAGAUGAAUCCACACCAGCAUUAGAUUGUCUGGAUGUUUCAAGAUUCCUUGUUUACCGUGACGAUGGCCAAGGAAACAUGCUGGUAGGAGGAGCUAUAGAUGCUUUGAUUGUAUAUGCAGCAGGUGCUAGCAAAAGUGACUUGAUUUUCUACGAAGCAUUCUUAACAACCUAUAGAACUUUCAUUUCUCCCAAGGACUUAAUUAACAAACUUCUCUAUAGAGAAAGAAGAUUUCGUGAGAGGGGCCACAAGAAAGCAAGUCAGAAUGCCUUUUUCUUACUUCUAAGAGUCAUUGAUGAGUUAAACGGCAAAGUUGAGCGAAGUAUUUUGGAGCAGCUUAUGAAAGAGGUUUACCGUCUUCUCUGCAAUGGAGAUCUCUACAUUGGCAAGAUCUUGAGAAGUAAAAUGCUGCCAAAGUGUGACAACUACUACAACAGAUUGCGAAGCUCAUCUAAUCCAUCCACACCUCAGCCUUCCAGUGGGAACAGUAGUUGCACCAUUUUGGAUUUCCAUGCACAAGAUCUCGCACAACAGUUGACUUUGAUUGAUGCUGCUAAUUUUGGAGCAAUUGAAAUCCCUGAAAUACUUGCAUGGGGUAAAGAACAAAGUGAAACAAACAGUCCCAACUUAGCAAUUUUCACUGACAAUUUCAACAAAGUGUCUUACUGGUCAAGAUCGUACAUCUUAUCAUUUGAGAAGCAACAAGAUAGGGAGAAAGUUUACGCCAAGUUUUUGAAAAUCAUGAAGCACCUUCGGCGAUUCAAUAACUUUAAUUCAUUUUUGGCUGUUCUCUCGGCAAUGGAUUGCUCAGCAGUAAGGCGUUUGGAUUGGCCAAGACACUACUUGGACCAGCUGGCAGAAUACACUGAUUUGAUUGACAGCUCUUCAUCAUUCCGAGCCUAUCGCACAGCUCUAGCCGAGGCUACACCUCCUUGUAUACCCUAUCUUGGGUUGAUCCUACAAGAUGUGACGUUUGUCUGCCUUGGGAAUGUAGAUGAGCUUCCUGAUGGGAAGGUGAACUUUGUCAAGCGAUGGCAAUUGUUUAACAUCCUCGAUACCUUCCGAAGAUUUAAACUGAUGCAGUAUGAAUUUGAAGUCAAGGAUGAAAUUCGACAAUUUUUUGGAGGGUUCAACAACUUUUUGAAUGAAGAUGACUUGUUUGAAAGAUCCUUAAAGUUAAAGCCAAGAUCAUGAUCGGGCUAAUUAACUCCAUACGGCAAAGAACACUAUUACUAAACUAAAGUAUGUUAAAAGUAUUGCCAAUUAAUUUAAAAUAUGUACAUACAUGAUGAUGUAAAUGUGUGUAAUCUUGAAGAGUUAUUAUAACUUAAUUUGAAAGCAAACUUUAUAGAGCACUUUCAAAAUUAUUGGAAGUAUGAAACUAAUGGAAAUAAGGAAAAAAAAAAGCUUUCAUCACUUAUGAGAAAAGAAUUUAAGUUUUUUUGCAUUCAUAAGAUUAAUUUCAUGUACUGACAUGAAAACAAAAUAUACCUGUCAAUAUUCCGUCAUAAAAAGAUGACAAGCUGUUCUAUAUUUUGCUUUUAGCUUCAUUUUCACUAUAACUUUGAAAUUGUUCUGAUCCUUGUAUUUGAGCAUAAAACAUUUAUUUACUGAGUUCAAAGGACAACUAUUUUCUAACAAAUGCAGCUACAUUCAAUGAGUGUUAAGGAUAUACUUAAAGCAUAUGACGUUAUUGUUAUUGUUAUUGUUAUUGUAUAUUAAUCUUUAAUUUACAAUUCCAAUUUACACUUAAGAUUGAAGGAGUAUUAUUUUUGUGUUUCUAAUUGUAAUUAUUCAUAUUUUUGAAAAGUAAAGAAAGUUGUAUUUUAUCUUCAAAAUAGGGGAGAGAGAGCUAUUUCCAUAGAGUAAGAAUUUCAUUCUAGAUCGGAAACAUAUUUUUUCAUACAUAAAAGAGAUCACAAACACUCUAUUUGACCUUUACUUUAAAAUUAUAUUAUAUUGUUUUGCUUUUGUUUUAUUUUUAGAUUUAAGUUUUCUUUUCUAAUAAUAGACUCAGUUUUACUUUCAAAUUAUGUGUUUUUGCACAACUUUUUCAGAAAAUACUACUAAGAGGAACUGUAGCAACUUUUUAGGUUUUCAGAAGCUUAAACUAAAGCAUUAAUAAUAAUAAUUAAGCAUUUGUUAUUCCUGGUAUCAAUAUUGCAGUAUUUUUCUUUAAAACGGAAAUAUUUUGAUUCCCCAUAUUCCAGAGCUUCUGUAUUAUUCAAAUCUAAUAAAACAAUAAAAAUAUUUUUGUAGCUUUCUCUAUGUAAUGUCUAUUCUAACACCAUUUUUGUACAACAAUAAUAUUGGCUUCUCUUUUGAAUUGUACUAGUUUAGUUGUAUUUAUUGACGUUUUUGUUUAUGCAAGCAUUCACUUUAGCUUCCCAGCAAGACACUUAUUGUUUAAGCCGAGGAAUUUUGACCAAAAAUUGUCAUAUUCUCAUUAUAAAAGAUUAACUAGCGGCUUUUACCGGUAUGGCGAAAGAUUGUCUCUCUAUACAAUAAACAGGCGAGAAUAAAACCCAUUUUGGUUUUGUUCAGGAUGUUUUCUUUCAUUGUCAAUUUAGUAACCAGACUUCGAGAGACCAUCUUCGCCUUUUAAUCUUUUUGAUUGAAAUUUUAAUACUUAUAGAACAGCAUUCUAGGUUAGUUAUAUACCCAGCCUUAGAACAUUUUAACAUGUAAAUAAACACUUGUUUAUGUACAUAAAAUGGUUUUCAAAAGCGAAAGAGUAUUGUAUCAUAAAAGGUUACUAUUCAGCUAUUCCGUAAUUAUUACCAGAAUAAAAUAUUUUUGCACAUGAAA